AUGUGGGGAACCGUUGCAGGCAGGGGAAGGCGUGACCUGCAUGGAAAAUGCCAGACAGCUCCAGACACACACACAACACACACACAUACACACUCACACGCUCACAAAUCUCGGCACAAAGAUAAGGCGGACAGCGGAGCGCUUGGAAUGAGGCAAAGCCAUCCCCCCAAAACAAACAAACAUCUCGGCGCUCCGAACCCACUGGGGAACUCUCCGAGCUGCAAAAUGAGGUACCCUCUGGCUUGGUCCUUUUGUGCUUUCUUGCUCUCUGUGGUGGAUGCCAUUGAGCUGACAGAUAUGUUUGGAGAGAUCCAGUCCCCAAACUUCCCGGAUUCCUAUCCCAGUGACUCAGAAAUGACAUGGAAUAUUUCUGUGCCCGAUGGAUUUAAGAUCAAGCUCUACUUCAUGCAUUUUGACUUGGAGUCCUCCUAUCUCUGUGAAUACGACUAUGUGAAGAUUGAAGCUGAAGACCAAGAGCUGGCAACUUUCUGCGGCAGGGAGACGACAGACACAGAGCAAGCCCCUGGCCAGCAAGUGAUCCUGUCCCCAGGUCCUUACAUGAGGCUGACCUUCAGAUCUGACUUCUCCAACGAGGAACGCUUCACUGGCUUUGAUGCCCAUUACACUGCUGUGGAUGUGGACGAGUGCCUGGAGAAAAGCGACGAGGAGCUGGCGUGUGACCACUACUGCCACAACUACAUCGGAGGGUACUACUGCUCCUGCAGGUUCGGCUACAUCCUCCACUCUGACAACAGGACCUGCAAAGUGGAGUGCAGUGACAACCUCUUCACCCAGAGAAGUGGUGUGGUCACCAGCGCCGACUUCCCCAGCCCAUACCCCAAAAGCUCAGACUGCUUGUACCGUAUCGAGCUGGAGGAAGGCUUCUUCAUCACCCUGAGCUUCGAGGACAGCUUUGAUGUGGAAGACCACCCCGAGGUUACCUGUCCCUAUGACUUUAUCAAGAUCAAAGCUGGACAUAGAGAGUUUGGCCCUUUCUGUGGAGAGAAAUCACCAGGACGCAUUGAAACGCAAACUAACAGCGUGCAGAUCCUCUUCCACAGUGACAACUCAGGAGAGAACAGGGGCUGGAAGCUGUCUUACAUGGCAAUUGGGAACCCAUGCCCACUAGUGCAACCACCAAUCAAUGGGAAAAUCGAGCCUUCCCAAGCCAAGUACACCUUCAAAGACCAGGUUGUCAUCAGCUGCAACAGCGGAUACAAAGUACUGAAGGAUAACCUGGAAAGCGACUCCUUCCAGAUUGAGUGUCAAAAGGACGGGACAUGGAGUAACAAGAUCCCUAUCUGCAAAAUUGCUGACUGCAAAGCACCACCAGAGCUGGAGCACGGCUUUGUCACCUUCUCCUCCAGGAACAACCUCACGACUUAUGGGGCAGGCAUCCAGUACCACUGCGAGCACCCCUACUACCACAUGGCACCCAACAGUACUGCCACCUACACGUGUGAUGCAUCAGGGAUGUGGAAGAGUGAGGAGCUGGGGACCAAACUACCAUCCUGCCAACCAGUGUGUGGCCACCCAACUCGUGCUCUACCUGGGAUCAUCAAGCGCAUCAUUGGUGGGCGAAAUGCAGAGCCUGGCUUCUUCCCCUGGCAGGCCCUGAUUGUGGUGGAAGACAUGUCCCGAGUGCCCAAUGACAAAUGGUUUGGCAGCGGGGCCCUACUUUCAGACUCCUGGGUGCUGACAGCCGCCCACGUGCUCCGCUCACAGAGGCGGGACAAGACCAUCAUCCCUGUCUCCAAGGAGCACGUCACGGUCUACCUUGCCCUCCAUGAUGUGAGGAACAAAAUGGAUGCCGUCAACCGGACAGUAGAGAGGAUCAUCCUCCAUGAGGAGUUUGACAUCCAGAAUUACAACCAUGAUAUUGCUCUGGUCAAGCUGAAGGAGAAAGUGACCAUGGGGAAUUACGUCAUGCCUGUCUGCUUGCCUCAGUUUGAGCAUGAGCUGGAGGGGCCUCAACCCAACACAUUGGGGCUGGUGGCUGGCUGGGGUAUCUCCAACCCCAACAUUACCGUGGAUGAGAUUAUCAGCUCAGGGAUGAGGACACUGUCCGAUAUCCUGCAGUACGUCAAACUCCCAGUGGUGCUCCAUGCAGAGUGCAAGACCAGCUAUGAGUCCCGGUCGGGGAACUACAGUGUGACCGAGAAUAUGUUCUGUGCCGGAUACUACGAAGGUGGGAAGGACACUUGCCUGGGAGACAGUGGGGGAGCCUUCGUCAUUCAGGACCCAGGGACCCGGAGGUGGGUGGCCCAAGGGCUGGUUUCCUGGGGUGGCCCAGAGGAGUGUGGCAGCAAGCAGGUGUAUGGUGUGUACACCAAAGUCUCCAACUAUGUAGACUGGGUGGAGAAGAAAACAGGCUCUUCUGAGAAGUGGACAUUUCUGGACCCUGAGCUGGAGAGAUAG